UGUUCGGCGGCAGUUUGGGUCGUGCUUUGGCUCGUGCUGCCGGGACCGGCCAUGGAGCGCCCGGGGCCCAGCGAAGUGACAGGCGCUGACCCAUCGGCACCGGACCCGCAGCUAGCGGUCACCAUGGGCUUUACGGGUUUCGGAAAAAAAGCUCGAACUUUUGAUUUGGAGGCAAUGUUCGAACAAACUCGAAGAACUGCUGUGGAAAGAAGUCGAAAAACACUAGAAGCAAGAGAAAAAGAAGAAGAAAUGAUCAGAGAGAAGGAAUUAAGAAUGCAAAAUGAAGAUACUGAACCAACAUCUUCAGGCUCCCAUGUGAUGAGAGAUAGUGCUAAAUCAUCUUCCAGGGAUACUAGUAGCAGUGGAAGUGAAGAUAGCUCUGAUUCUUCUUCGGAUGAAUUAAUUGGCCCUCCAGUGCCCCUUAAAAAGGAGGAGGAAUCAGUUGAUCAUAUGGAAGAAGACAUUAUUGGUCCUUUACCUGCACCUCUUAGUGAUGAAGAAGAUGAUGAUGAUGAUUCAGAAGAAGACGAAAGCCCUAUCCAAAAGAUCCCAGACUCACAUGAGAUAACAUUGAAGCAUGGCACGAAAACAGUUUCUGCUUUAGGUCUGGAUCCCUCAGGUGCCCGUCUGGUGACUGGAGGAUAUGACUAUGAUGUUAAAUUUUGGGAUUUUGCUGGAAUGGAUGCUUCUUUUAAAGCCUUUCGAUCAUUGCAGCCCUGUGAAUGCCAUCAAAUCAAGUCAUUGCAGUAUAGUAAUACAGGAGACAUGAUUCUUGUUGUGUCUGGAAGUUCUCAGGCCAAAGUGAUUGACAGAGAUGGUUUUGAAGUAAUGGAGUGUAUAAAGGGAGACCAGUAUAUUGUGGACAUGGCCAACACCAAGGGUCAUACAGCAAUGUUACAUACUGGCUCAUGGCACCCCAAAAUAAAAGGAGAAUUUAUGACUUGCUCAAAUGAUGCAACUGUGAGGACAUGGGAAGUUGAAAACCCAAAGAAGCAAAAAAGUGUGUUCAAACCACGGACGAUGCAGGGUAAAAAAGUAAUCCCUACCACAUGCACGUACAGUCGAGAUGGGAACCUCAUAGCAGCUGCCUGCCAGAAUGGAAGCAUACAGAUCUGGGACCGAAAUAUGACUGUUCACCCUAAAUUCCAUUAUAAACAGGCUCAUGAUCCAGGGACAGACACGUCUUGUGUAACUUUUUCCUAUGAUGGUACCGUCCUUGCUUCUCGGGGAGGUGAUGAUACAUUAAAAUUAUGGGACAUCCGACAGUAUAAGCCACUUUUUUCAGCCUCUGGUCUUCCCAACCUUGUUCCCAUGACUGACUGCUGAUUCAGUCCAGAUGAUAAGCUCAUAGUCACGGGAACAUCUGUUCAAAGAGGAUGUGGCAGCGGUAAGCUUGUUUUCUUUGAGCGAAGGACUUUCCAAAGGGUAUAUGAGAUCGACAUCACAGAUGCGAGUGUUGUCCGCUGCCUGUGGCAUCCGAAAUUGAACCAGAUUAUGGUGGGAACUGGAAACGGAUUGGCUAAGGUCUAUUACGACCCCAACAAGAGUCAGAGGGGAGCGAAGUUAUGCGUGGUUAAAACCCAGCGGAAGGCAAAACAAGCUGAAACGCUCACCCAGGACUACAUCAUCACCCCUCAUGCCUUGCCUAUGUUCCGUGAACCCCGCCAAAGAAGUACAAGGAAACAGCUGGAGAAGGACAGACUGGAUCCCCUCAAGUCUCACAAACCUGAACCUCCUGUAGCAGGCCCAGGUCGUGGUGGCCGGGUUGGAACUCAUGGGGGCACUCUGUCAUCAUACAUUGUAAAGAACAUUGCUUUGGACAAGACUGAUGACAGCAAUCCCCGAGAAGCCAUUUUACGCCACGCCAAAGCAGCCCAAGAUAACCCAUAUUGGGUUUCUCCAGCAUAUUCCAAGACUCAGCCCAAAACCAUGUUUGCCCAAGUGGAAUCUGAUGAUGAGGAAGCAAAAAAUGAACCAGAAUGGAAAAAGCGUAAAAUCUGAAGACUGUCCUAAAAGAGAUGCUUGCAUGGGGUAGAGCUUUGGAUUUUUAAAAAUGAAAUAAAAUAAUACCUUUC